AGCGGACGCCAUAUCUCGGCAAGGUGGCAGAGUAAAUGAGAGAAAAAAAAGAGUAAAUGAGUUUUUUAUAAUACUAUACAUAUUAUACGUAGUUGUAUCAAUGUUGAGAACUGCUGGAAUAUCUUUUUUGCCGAUGAGGUUAUGUGGAACGUGAUGUUACCUUUAAAGUAAUGACACGUUUUCAAUAACUUAAUGAAGAACCUUAAUUAUUUAAGUAGUUUUUAUUUAGUAUAUUUUAAGCCGAAAUGAUUGAUAUCACUGCAAAAUUAUUGAAUGGAUCUACAUUUUUUGCCAGUGAAGAUAUAGAGUGUGAAAUUACAUUCAGUUGUCCUGAAUUCACUGAAAACUCUGAAAAUGCAUCAUCUGAAGAGGCUCAAGAUAACAGUGAUGUAUCUGAAAAUCUUGCAUGGGCUAGUGCUCAAAUACAUUGUCAAUGUUCGAUAAAUGAGAAACUAAUUCUAGUUGAUAAAAUAAAAAAAGAUGCCAAACCUACUAUUAUUAAUAGUGUUACAACCUUUGAUCCAUCUUCAAGUGAUAACGGGCAUGCAGUAUUAAUUACAAAACCCAAGAUUUUAUUUUGUGAUAUGAAAUUAUCACCUGGAGAAAGUAAAUCUUUUGUAUACAAAGAAAAUAUUCCAAUCCAUUCUCCUCCUUCAUAUCUUGGACAAGCUGUUAGAUAUUCAUACAAAAUUACUAUAGGUACUCAGCGCGUCAAUUCUCCAAUUAAAUUGUUAAAAAUUCCUUUUCGAGUUUUACCUUUAAGAGAGGAAUAUAUUAUCAGGGAAGUACCUGAAGCUACUGCCUGUAAUGAAAAUCAUGAGCUAGCUUGCCUUAACAUUCCAGAUUUAGACUUGGAAAAACUGAAAAUUGAAAGCCAACCAAAAGAAACUGACUUGGAAAUUGCCUUACAAACUUUGCAGAACAUAACUGCAAGGCGUAGCCCAAACUAUUAUAAUAUAACAAAUCAACGAGGAAGAGUCGUAAGGUUUUGCCUUUUUAAAAAUUCUUACAAGCUUGGUGAGGAUAUUAUAGGAACUUUUGACUUUUCAAAUGCAACUGUAUCAUGUACUCAAGUAUCUGUUACCCUCCAAUCCGAAGAAUACAUUGCAGAAGAAUUUAAGAAAGGAAAGACUGCAGUAUCUUUAAGUAGUUACAACAAACAUCAUGAAGUUGUUAUAGGUUACUUGUACACUCACCUCAUGUUGCCAAUUCCUUUUCACAUUACUCCAGAUUUUAGCACUGACUUGGUUAAUUUGAAGUGGAGAUUGCAUUUUGAAUUUGUCACUGCAGUGAAACCUAUUGAAUUUCCAGAUGAGAAUACUAUGAAUUGGCAAGCUCCCUCAACUGUAGAUAUUGAGACAAUGGUUUGGGACCUACCUGUACAUAUUUAUCCCACCACAGUCCCUCCAAAUAUUACUCCAGUAGUGCAAAAUAGUAUAGUUAUAUAAUAUAACAUUGUUAUAUUUUGCUAUUUUUUGUAUAUACGUUUAUAAUAAUUUAUCGAUUUGAAAAGAGAUCUAAUAGCAAUAUUAAUUAUAUUUUUAUAAAAAGAGCUGUUAAAAUAUCAUAUUAUAUAAAAGAGCCUUGCAAGCUCCUUUAAAAUCUUGUUAAUUACAGUAAAAGAAAAAGCCUAACUCAUGUGUGUAUAUAUAAUAGUUGAAGCAAGAAAGAGAAAAUUGUAGAUUAUUGACAACUUUGAUAAAUGAUUGUGAUGCUUGAAAAGCAAGACGAUAAUUGAAAAAUCUUUGGAUCAACUCGCAUGUAUUUUUUUACCACUAAACAAGACAUCGUUUAUUAUUUUAUAUAUUUUGUAAUGUGUUAAAUUUAAGGAUAUCGUCAAGGAAUAAUCGCCAUUGAAAUUUAAUCAAAAUAUAUUUCGAUUUGACAUGCAAAAUCGAAAUUUACACGAGUAUACAAUUGCAAUUUUAAUAAAUCAAUAACGUUUUUACACAUGGUAUACGAUAUUACAAAGU